AUGCAACUCCUAGGACAUCCUCGACUACCCCCGCCGCUCCGGCGAUGUGGGGCCUUUACUUUCGAAAGCUCAUACCCUCGUGGAAUGAAGGCUCGCAAAGGGGGACUGCGACACGACCGACGAGGAACGGCAGAGCCGGGGGAAGAGAUCAAGGCGCGCUGGGCGAGGGAGGGUGAGGGGACUGUGGGGAUUUUGGGCUACGGGGCGGCGCGGGUUGGGUCGGAGACUGAGCCGGAGUCGGGCAUGGCGGGGUAG